AUGAUGCUUGAUACUGGUGCCGAUAUCACCCUCAUCUCACGCAAACUAUGGCAGCAUAUUGGUGAACCGGUCCUGACUCCUUCAGAUAUUAAGGCGAGAACUGCAUCUGGUGACUUUCUGCACAUCGUAGGUGAAUUUGUGGGUUCCAUGAUCGUAGCGGAAAAAUGCAUGGAGUGCAUUAUUCGUGUGACAUCGGCCGAAUUGUCACUUUUUGGAAGAGAUGCCAUGGAUCUGUUCAGCUUGUGGGAUGUGCCGUUGACUUCAGUAUGCAACCGCGUUGGUUUGGAUGAACCGUGUAGUGCAAAGCUACAGCUGGAGUUUCCUAAGCUCUUUUCAGGUGAGCUGGGUUGCUGCACGAAGAUAAAAAUUCAGUUGAAGCUGAAAGAUGGAGCAACGCCUGUUUUUCGUCCCAAACGCCCUGUGGCCUACGCUAUGUUUCAAGCAGUGGACAACGAGCUUGAAAGGCUGGAAAAAGAUGGAAUAAUUUCGAAGGUGGAUUAUUCAGAAUGGGCAGCGCCGAUCGUUGUUGUGCGUAAAGCAAACGGGACGAUGCGAAUAUGCGGUGAUUACUCUACAGGACUGAAUAACAUGCUGCAACCUCACCAAUACCCACUACCUCUUCCGCAAGACAUUUUCGCAAGUCUGGCUACGUGUACGGUCUUCAGCCAGAUUGAUCUAUCCGAUGCGUUUCUCCAAGUAGAGGUGGAAGAGUCUUGCAGAACGCUGCUUAGCGUAAACACUCAUCGAGGGUUGUACGUGUACAACAGGCUUCCGCCAGGCGUGAAAACUGCACCGGGAGCUUUUCAGCAGCUGAUGGAGGUAAUGCUAGCAGGUCUCGAUGGUGUUGCUGUAUAUUUGGACGACAUUGUGGUUGGAGGACCAAAUGAAGAGGCCCAUAUGAGAAACCUUCGGUCUGUGCUCAGACGUAUAAAGGAAUACGGCUUCACCAUACGACUGGAUAAAUGCUCGUUCCAAAAGAAGCAAAUAAAAUACUUGGGUCAUUUGCUUGAUUCGAAGGGACUUCGACCGGAUCCUGCUAGGAUAGAUGCUAUAAUGAAGCUGCAAGUUCCAACCGAUGUAACAGGAGUGAGAUCAUUCCUAGGCGCAGUAAACUAUUACGGCAAAUUUGUGCGAAACAUCAGCAUGCUGCGUCAUCCACUAGAUAAUCUUUUGAAAGAGGGAGCUGCGUUUACGUGGACAAAGCAGUGCCAGGAUGCUUUCGAUCAAUUUAAGGCAAUACUCUCUUCAGAUUUGCUGCUAACUCAUUACGACCCACGUCAAGAAAUCAUCGUCGCGGCGGAUGCUUCUUCCUUUGCACUAGGAGCGACUAUUAGUCAUCGGUUUAAAGACGGGUCGAUAAAGGUAGUGCAGCAUGCAUCACAUCACAAACCACUGUUACGAAUCUUUGGAUCUAAAGCAGGUAUCCCGGUAUAUACAGCUAACCGAUUGCAACGUUACGCCUUAACCUUGCUGCUAUACGAUUUCGAUUUGGAGUAUGUACCUUCAGACAAGUUCGGUAAUGCCGAUGUUCUGUCCCGACUGAUUGCCAAGCAUGAAAAACCUGAGGAUGAGUACGUGAUUGCUAGCAUUGAAAUGGAGAAAGACCUGCGAGCAGUUGUAAACAAUGUGAGGGCCGAGAUGGGCGUAACGCAUCUGGACACCACCCGCCGGCCACCGGUGUACGAAAUCCACACGGAGCCCACACGGCCUGAAAACGCUAACCCUGCGGCCGAUAAGAACCCAUCGACGAAGAGCGACGGUCAGAAAAAAGCGUUCACCGUCAAUACCUUUCACACGCCGCUCGAUGCAUCACACGCUCGCUCGUUGUUCUGGUAA